AUGGCCCUUGCUCAGCCCCGCCUCGCCUCAGCUGCACCGACGCCAAUGGAUGGACAGCCACAGUCGCUGUGGAAAGUCGCUGAGGCACAAAUAGAUGAGUCUGAGAAACAGCUCCUGUCUUUUGACCAAGCGGACCGGAUCGACCUCGACGAACUGAGCCACUCAACCCAAGAAGCCUACCAAAUAUGCCUGAAAAAGAGAUACAAAAUCUGCGUUCCGGGCAAGAACGGCCAAGAGAUCAUCGCCCAAGAUAUUCUGGGGAAAAUGAUUCGUUGA